GAAACAUCUUGAAAAACAAGCCAAUUUUCAAGAAACACAAUCUUGAAAGAUGGAAGCAGAAUUUGGAGAUAAAGAUUCUCUACCCGCCAUCUUCUCCACCCACCACCACCACCACCGACCACCACCUCUCCUCGCCGUCUCCCACCACCUCACCACCACCUCCGACGAAGCUGACAACAAGAAAGAAUUCAGCACCACCAAUGAUGGUGCUUCCAUUGAGGUUGUCCGGCGACCUAGAGGCCGUCCACCGGGAUCCAGAAACAAACCCAAACCACAACCACUGGUGGCCUUCAUCACCCAAGAACCCGAUUCUUUGAUGUCACCAUACGUCCUGGAGGUUCCCGGUGGAUUGGAUAUCAUCGCCGCCGUCACACGCUUCUGCAACCACCGUAACACUGGUCUCUGUGUGUUAUCUGGGUGUGGCACCGUUUCCAGUGUCUCCUUCCGACAACCCACCACCACCAUCACCUUCCACGGCUGUUUCGAAUUGCUAUCAAUCUCCGCCACCGUACUUUCGUCGACAUCUCCACCAUCCGCCGUGAUGACACCGUUUGCUAACAGGUUCGCCAUAUCAUUAGCUGGUCCACAAGGGCAGACGGUCGGUGGCGCCGUCACUGGUCCGCUCAUAGCCGUCGGAACUGUUUACCUCGUGGCGGCUUCCUUCAACAACCCACUUUACCACCGGUUACCAAUGGAAGAAGAAAAAGAUGAGCAUAUAAGGAGUUCCAAUGGUGGGUCUGUUUCUGUUUCAGGUGGCGUAGAUGGUGGACGGCGUCAUGCAGCACCGUCAACGGCGGCGGAUUCAGUAUCGAUGUACAACUGUCAACCGCCUUCUGAUGUCAUAUGGGCACCUACACCACGGCAAGCUCUGCCACGUUCGCCACUUUAUUAAAGAAAAAGCUUGCUUCUUUUGCAUCGAUCACUUGCCGGAGCUCGUAAUUAAAUGGAUUUUUACUACAAUUUUAUUAUAUUUUAGGGUUUUUAUGGGUCUCAAGAAACAAAAUUUUAUAGUCUUGUUGAUAAUUUAGUGGAUUUAUUUAUAUAAU